CUACGCCAUCAAAUCCCACUUCUUUGUCCGGAUUCUGAAAGUUUUUGCAUACUUCUCUCGGUGACGUAGUUUGGAGUGUGGCGGCUCUUGAGAGAGCUAUAAGAACACGCAUAACCGCGUGGAGUAUAAGCCACAACAUUAUUAUUAUUAUUAUUCAAAUUACAUCUUACUUCGGAUAGACAAGCGAUAUUUACUUAUAAAAUAAACAGAGUUAAAAUUAAAUAGCUACCAUGGGUCUCGCAGCGGGUGUUGGUCACUUCUUCCAAUCAAUCAUCGAAGUGAUCCAAGGUCUCUUAGGAGCUGUCAUCAACUUCUUUCAAUGGAUCCUCAACUCGAUUAUUGGUCUAUUCCAAGCCUUUAUCAACUUCGUUGAAGGCACUCUUGGCUUCGCAAUUCACAAUUUUUUCAUUUUGGGUACCUUGGCCGCGGCUGUAUUCGCAUAUCUCCUCUACUCUCAGAGGCAAGGCACCACUCCUCUUAGCCGGGCAAUCAAGAACAAAUGAAAUUAGUGUAUCGAAAAGGGGUUGAACUUGGGCGCCUCGGAUAUCAUUAAGCGAGCUAGGAGCCAUGAUUGAACGAUUACGUCAGGGGUAUUGUGCUCGGGCGUUGGGGAUACUGAUCCUUUGGGUUAACGAUAAUUUGAGUUGGUACCAACGAUAUUUGUACUAUAUAGAUGCAUCUACUUCGAUGUAAGAGACAACAAGUCAUCUACUAUAUGAGCGCUUCUCUGGGAUAUCCUAACAACUUUGCAAAUGCUAUAAUUGUCUACCUAUUCACAUUUUAUUUAUAGGUCUAUAAGAGUUGGCGUUAAGCAGCCCCUGUGAUUUCAAUACCCUAGAUAUCUCAUAAAUGAUUUUGAGUAACUUGAAUACAGGCAUUAGUAGG